AUUUCCAAAUUAUAUUUUAAAAUAUAAUGAUGGAAGGGUGCGAAAAUACAAACAUAAAUUUCGCAUAUCUUUUAAACUCAGAUCCUACAUUUAUUUCGGCUAAUAUUUCGAAAGAUCACGCCUUCAGCAUAUGUGCUGACGCAGUGGAGCAGGGGCAGGUGACUGCCAGUGAAGUACUUACAUUGUGGAUAAGUAAAUUAAGAAUUGUUUACAAUUUUGAAAAUUUUUGCGAAGUCGAUUGGAGGCGUUUAACGUUGUGCUUACAGAAUUACUUCGAUAAAUUUGUGUACAGUGAAACAGACGUCGAUGGGACAUAUUGCCAGCUGAGUACCUGGUUGGAAGCAUCAACUAUGUUUGUUGAACAGUUGCACACAGAUGCAAAGAAAGUCCAUUUAACUGGCAUAUGCUUAUUUCUACAGUUUAUUUUGGGCACUGUGCAAAAAUGUUGCACAUUUUUCCGAAUAAAUGGCAGUAAAGUCGAUUGGAAAUCCCAAUUAGGCUCCAUAAACACGCUGCAUAACUGUUCGCUUAAGUUGGUGUGGGAUAGCUUGGAGCGUCGAGAGAAAAUGAGUUCUAUGGAUUAUUGUGCUAUUGUCCCUUUUAUAAAUGUGGUAUGCUUAAAUAUCACACAGGAUUCGUUUAUAGAUAUAAAAACCAAGAUCGAAGCAUGGAAGUAUGUGACAAAAUUCACUGUGGGAUAUGUUGAUUAUAAAAAAGUUUUGGGAGAGUCGCAUUGGCCGAAAUUGCCAAUGAGUGUUUUAAUACACGAAGUGGAAAGGAAUAUACUUGCAAUUUAUAAGAAGGAACUAAAAGAGGAUGUCCAAAAUGUGGAGCAAUAUUUGCGAGUCACUGGUUUUUAUUUAAGAAUAUUACAUAAAAUGACAACAGUUUUUCAGCACUCAGACUUCCCAGUCGCCAAAGACUUUUUUGAUAUUUUGCUCUUAACGAUGACACCUCCAAGUUUUCUGCGAAAGAGCAACGUUUUCGUCAUUGUCAAGAAACAUGUCCUAUCUGGUCUAACAAAUGUACUGUAUCUGGUAUUUAAAAAUAGUGAACUGCAACAGUUGGUAUCAAAUCACGUUGGAGAAAGUGAAGACGUUUGUUUCGAUUUGGUUAUGGCUUAUCUUCGUGCCUGCAUCUCAAAUGGUAAUCUGGAGAUCUCUGCCAGUCAUGUUGAAUUAUUUAUCAAAAUAUUCAAAAGAUUGCUUAAAGGUGGAGAAAUUUUUGUAGAUGCAGACCAUUUUGAUGAAAUGAUAGACACUUACAUCGUCUUAACACUGUUGGAUUCUAAACGAGCUUUGUAUCGUAGUAUGCAGCAAUACGUCCUGAAGGGGAACUCUGCAUUAUCAUUCGCAUGUACGGAGGUGCUGAUAUUAGCUUCAAGUUGCUUAGACGAACCAACUGAUCAUGUAAUUGAUAAACUAGUAUUCUGGGUCCAAACGAAAAAUCGAUUCGCUCGAUUUUCCUCGAAUUUCAGACGUCUAAACAUUGAGCGGUUGAUAGCUCAUUAUUUCAGGUUAUGCGCAGGGAAAAUUCCUCAACGUGAAAAUCAGAUUCAACUUCGUGGUCGUGCCUUCUCGUUAAAUAAUUGCAGUGUACUUCGUUAUAUAACUGACGACAAUAAUAAGCCGGCGUUGGAGUCGUCAAAGUUGAAGGUUAACAGCAAAUUAUGUAGGCUGAUGGAAGAAUACGAACACAAUGGAAUGCAAAUAGAGGAUUAUUACGAAAUUGCUGCUAGUAUGUAUGAGCUGAUGAUCUGUAGGGCAGAAAUCUCCAAGGAUUUGCAACAAAAAAUUGCGGACCUGCUAGUGAAAAGUUUGAAAACUUGGAUGAAAAAUUCGCAACAUUCCUUUAACAGGUUAUUGAGUGUUGGAUUAAGAUUAAUGGCUACGUGCAAUAUCACAGACGAAAUGCAGCUAAAAGUUCUUGGACUUUUGAAAGACGCUGUUGCAAGUGGAAUAAAGUUCCCCAUGGUGGCAUUUUGGCGCUUCUUGGAAGUUUGUUGCAACCAGCAAAAGUCAUCGAAGGUGUGCAAUGUUGCACAAUCAACUCUCACUAAUAUAAAAGUGCCUGAGAUCAUUCAAGUUAGUAUUUUCGAAAAAUCAUCACAAUUUACGAGUAGCGUUACAGUUGAUUCGGAAUGUUAUACAAAUAUAGAAAAUAACAGUAGAUGUACGAUAUGUACGAAAUCGUAUUUUGUGCAACGCAAGCGACCUCGCAGAGAAGUUGACUAUGAGGAAUGCGAUUUUGAAGAAAUCAUACAUAACGUCAGCCAAAUGGUGAAAAAAAUUCACGACUUUUCAAAGCAUCUUAAAAUAAGCCACGUCAAACAACUAAAUAAUGUUUGCAUCGAUAUCAAAAAAAUUACUGACAAUCACAAGAAUGAAGGAUAA